UCAUCCCCCUACAGCCCGCCCCGCCCCCUUAUCUCCACUUGCCAGCCCCGGUGCUUUCCUGAACUAGCGCUGAGUGAGCCCGGCCUCCCUGAUGGUCUAGCCCCUGGCUGCUCGGCCAUCUUCACCCCCUCUCGGGUCGGUUUUGUCUGUAAACGCAGCAGAGAUGCCGAUGGAAGGGGAGCCCAGCAGUCUGGCCAAAGUCGCUCAGCUCUUCAUCCUGUCUCUGGCCUGGGGGAUGCAGAUGUGGGUCACCUUCAUCUCAGGGUUUGUGCUGAUCCGGAGCGUGAGCCGACACACCUUCGGCCUGGUCCAGAGCAAACUCUUCCCCUUCUACUUCUACACCCUGGUGGCCUGUGCCGUCCUCAACCUCUCCAUCUUUGCCUGCUACCACCCCCGAGAGCUGCUGACCACCGGGGAGACCCUGCAGGGUGCUCUCUACUUCGUCUGCCUCCUCCUGGCCAGCGUUAACGCCCUGGGCUUGUCCCCGGCCACCACGGCGGCCAUGUUCCGGUUGCAGGCCAUCGAGCGGGAGCACGGCCUGGGCGGGGAGGUGGGGCUGGCGGCCCGGCGCGAGACGUACCAGCAGCUGCGGGAGAGGGACCCCAAGUACCAGGCCGCGCGGCAGACGUUCUUCAGACGCCACGGGCUGUCGUCCCUCUGCAACCUCGUCUGCCUCGCCUGCAACGGAGUCAACCUGCUGUGCAUGGCGCUGCACCUCAGCAGCCUGUAGGAAGGGGCCCUGCCCGCGGGGAGGGGGCGGUGGCAUUGUCCUCGGGGGGGCCCACCCACUGGGUGGGACUUGAUUGAGCGAGGGGCUUGGAAGUCCAUGCCCCCACCGGGGUCUGAUUGGUGUCUCUUUCUAAGCCUGUAUCCCACUGCUGGCACCAGCUGGAAGUUUAUGUG